ACGGACAACACGAAAAUACACAGAAACGUCUAGAAUAGAUGUUAAAAUAAUGAAUUUAAAGUAAUCUGUGUAUGCUUAUUGUGAGUAUAUAAACACUAUGUGCUUUUGAUAAACAUUCCCAAAGGUAACCUAAUAAUUGUUAGGAUUUGCUAUUUUUAGCACUUACACAGGAGUCUCUAUUUAUAAACAACCUGGUACAGACAGAACAUAUGGACUGGAGGAAGAGUCAUGUUUAGUAGGACUCUGCAAAUGCUUGGGCUUAAACACAAAACUAAUAUGGAUCCACUCUCUUUGGAACAAAAGAGGAAAGUAAAGAUUAAACCUGACCCUGAGACACAUAACCCCACAAAGAAAUGGGACAAGUUGAAAGUAAAGCAGAAGUGGGAGAGAGUGACACCAAUUGACCCCACCAGUGUACCCCUGUCAGAGGACACUGUACGCUUUGUAUGUAUUUCUGAUACACAUGCCAAGCUUUGGAAGAUGAAAGAUCAGAUCCCAACAGGAGAUGUAUUACUGCAUGCUGGUGAUUUCACCAAUGUAGGUUGGCCAGCAGAAGUCAAAGAACUUAAUGACAUUCUAGGACAGCUACCUCACAAACACAAAAUAGUUAUAGCAGGCAAUCAUGAUUUAACUUUUGAUGAUGAGAUGAUUCAGAAUCAGCCAGAGGCAGUGGAAAAGUUUGGUCUAGGAUUGGAAAAAGUUAAAACCUAUUUGAUUUCACAAGGUGUCAGCAGUGUCAAAGAGCUUCUCACAAACUGUUUGUACCUGGAAGAUGCUUGUGUAGAGUUGUAUGGCAUUAAGAUCUAUGGAUCUCCAUGGCAGCCAGAAUUCUUUAACUGGGGUUUCAAUUUACCCAGAGGCCAGCCAUGUUUAUCAAAAUGGGACCUUAUACCAUGUGAUACAGACAUUCUAAUAACACAUGGACCACCUUUAGGUCACGGAGACAAAUGUUAUGAUGGACUGAGAGCUGGGUGUUUGGAACUUCUCAACACAGUUCAGAAACGUAUCCAGCCAAAGUACCAUGUAUUUGGACACAUUCAUGAAGCAUAUGGAUGUUCUACUGAUGGUAUCACCACGUAUAUUAAUGCCUCUAGCUGUACCCUUCAGUACAAACCAGUCCACCCCCCUAUUGUAUUUGAUUUCCCCCUCCCUCCUGGACACACAAAAGACGAGGUCAUUGGUAGAGUGCAGAGUUUUAGUCAGAAAACACCCGAAUGUGACACAGUACACGAGAGAGACGGCCAUUCUGACUCAGAUGUUGAAUUUAAAGAGGAUUAAUUUUAAAUAAUUAUACUGUUUAUGGUUAUAAUUUGUUGAUAAUAUUCUCACAAUUAUUUUCUGUGAUACAUUUCUCUGAUUAUUUUAGGGAAAAUGUGAUGUAUUUGUAUUGAGUAAUUAGAACAAAUGUACUUUGCUUACAGUGCUACAUAUGUAAAUGUUUAUAUCUCCGCAAUUUUUAAUGGAUGCAUGGUCAUAUGUAAACAGCGCUCUUUUAAUGAAAUCUUUUUUUUUUAUUUCUUUGCUAUGGUUUUGUAUGAAUAAUCUAAAUUAAUCUUUAGUAAACAAAUAGGGCAGGCAGAAAAGCUGAUGCAGAUUAUUUGUUUUACGUAUAUGUUGGGAAACCUUUCCCGUGUACCAUAACAUUUGGUGCUGAGCGAGUGACCAAAUCGAAUGGCGAAUAAAGUUUAACAAAACUGCAUUUUUUUGCUUGUGCAAACAAUCCAAUAUUAUCAAUUUGAAGAAAAGGCCUUUGUCAUGAGCAGUUUAUCUUUAUUUACGUGUACAAGAUAAUUGAUAUUUUUUAUCUCCUUCCUCAUGUGAUACAGGUACAUAUUUCUGUUAUCAAAGUUUGUUAUUAUUUCGUAUUUAUAUAAUAAAUGAGAUGUAUUCAUA